AUGUCGAGAUCUCUGGUGAAUCGCGUUGCUCCAUAUUUGAUUGGUCGUGUUAGAGAAAAUCAUCGGAUGCUUAAUUUUUCUUCCGUUUCUGUUCUCAAAGAAGCUACUUCGUCGCCUUCUUCUUCGCAAUCUGAUUCUUCUUCUCUCGAUGUUGUUCAUCUCAGCGAGAAUUGUAUACGGAGAAUGAAAGAGUUGCAGUCUAGUGAGCCUGAAAAGAAACUGCUUCGAUUGGGCGUAGAAACGGGAGGAUGUUCUGGUUUCCAGUAUGUGUUUGAGCUUGAUAAUAGUACCAAUCCUGAUGACAGGGUUUUCGAGAAGAAUGGUGUGAAAUUGGUUGUAGAUAGUGUUUCGUAUGACUUUGUGAAAGGUGCUACGAUUGAUUACGUGGAGGAACUGAUCCGUUCUGCUUUCGUGGUAGCUGAAAACCCAGCCGCGGUGGGUGGAUGCAGUUGUAAAAGCUCCUUCAUGGUGAAACAGUGA